GAAGUCCUUUUGUCGUGCUGUAUGCGAGUUAACAUUUUGUCUAGGUGUUUUCAGGAUGUCGUCAAAGAAGAGAAGCGAGUCAAAGAGCCAGCAGGACGCAGAUGUCUCGGCGGAGAGCGAUGGACAGGAUGAGAGACGGAGGCUGUUACACAGAGAAUAUGAGACCCUAACUGAAAACCUAUGCACACUGAAGAGGAGAGUUGAACAAAAACGAAAAGAAAAUGAAUUUCUUCAGAUUGAGAUAGCUCAGAGCCGUAUUGAAAGUAAAGAGUACAUGUCAUAUAUGUCUAAAAGAGCAGAGAAGAGGCAGAAUGCAAUAUUGAAUUUGAGUGAUCAGAGUCACGAGGAACUUGAGGAGCUCCAGAGACAGAGGCAGAAUAUGCAGGACAAACAUGAGGAGCAGACCAGUGAGCUGCAGAUGGAGAUCCUGCAGACGGAAAAUCAGCUGGCCCUGCUAAAUAGUGAAAUUGCAGACCUGAAAGAGGUUAAGACUCUAAAAGAGCAGCAGUCAUGUCGUAUCACUGAGCUGGAGCGGGAGUUGUCUACCAUGCAGUGUCAUCAUUCAGAGUCUCUGGUGGCUCUCAAGGCUGACUUCAUUAAAAAGAAGAAGAGCUGUGAGCAACAGGCAGAAGACACUGUGCAUGCUCUCACUAUAUCAGCCAGCAAGGAGGCAUCUCACUCCCUGAUGUCCUAUAUAAAUAAAGUGUUUCAGGAGAAAAAAAGCCUGCAUGAGGAGUAUAAAUUCCUUUUCCAGAGAGCUCUAGCUCUACAAAAACAGCAGGAUGCUCUGCAGACUCAUCGACAGCAACUGCUGCUGGAGCAAAAGUGUAUGCACAAGAUUCAUGCCCAGCGUAUUUCCCUACGUUCAAAAUACGCAACACCAGCCGGUGCAAACAAUACUGAACACCACUAGAGGGACCAUCAGUAAUACAACAGUUGCUUUCAAU